GAUCAACAGUUCACCUGACCUCCUCGUCAGUGCCAGUCGCCGUGUUAACUGGCCAAAAAAGAAAAAGAAAAGACAUCAAAGUCAUUUGAUUCCCCCCACCAGCUCGUCAGCGGUUUUUCGAUCGCGCACACAAACACAAACAAUUCGACACGGUUGACCCCGAUUUGUUGGUAAUUUUUCUGCGUGUGCAACCAAUGUGUUUUUUUUUUUUUUUUGAGCCUUCGACGUGAAACGCUCGUGAACAAUUUGCUUGGCAAUAGUUUUCGGAUUACCCCAGCGCGGCGGCGGAUUGGAUCGUGAAGAUCGGCGAUCGAUCGUAGCGACGAUCAAGACAAAAGGCAACAAACGAUGAUUUAUCGCUGAUUUAUCGACUGUGUGUGUCUAUGUGUGUGUGUGUGUGUGUGUGCCUGCUCACGUUUGAUGCUCUCGUGAAUGAGUGCCGGCGUGAAUGUUCUCGCAGCUGGAACACGACAAAGUGACGGAGCACACGCGAACUUGUCUAAGUGAUACUCUCUCGUCUCUAUCUCGCCAAAUCAAGCGAACGCGCGCACUCUGCGGGAGUUGUCGAACAGGCCGAUAGUGGGUGGCAAAUGUGUAGUCGGUCGGCGCCUCUUUUGAAAGAAGAAGAAAUUUUCAUUUUUUCUUUCUCUUCUUCAUUGAUCGCCGAUUUGCCUUUGCCGGGCUAGUCGUGACGUUUUGGAAUUAUAUUUUUGUAACUCAUCAAAAAAAAUAGAGAAGAAGAAGAAGAAGCUCUUUUCUCUCUGGUUUGUUGGCCAUCAGCCCCAGAUAGAUAAGAUCGGAGGCGCCAAACUUGUACUCCGACUCCCGUUAUCUUGUCUAUAAAAGCUGCGAAUAAUCUCUUGAGCAGCAGUUCUUCUUCUUCUUCUCCUGGUGUUUGCUCCCAUUUUGAAAACAUUUUGAUCCCCCCCCCCCCCCACCACCACCAACCAUCACCAUCUUUUGUGAGUUUUUGAUUGCGGUUCAUCCCCCCCAUUUUUGAUUGUCUUCAUUUUAAGGGUUAGUGGUGAGUCGUAAGCAGCCAAGAGCAGCAGCAGCGAGUGGUGGAUGAGUAGUGGCGUCUCGUUUGGGUGGUGACCUUUUUUUCCUCCUCGUUUUUCUUCCCUCCCGUUUUAUGAUUCAUUCCGAGACGAGUUACAAGUUUUUCGAGGGUUUUGUCUUCACGGCAAAGAGAUUCACAGCAUUCCCCCCCUCCUGUGUGGUGGAUGAAUCCGAGUGUAAUCAUCGUUCCACCAGAAGAAGAACACGACAAUUUUCAACCGUGAGCUUUUUGAGUUUUUUAAAAAAUAAAAGAUCGCCCUCAAUUUUUGUUUCUCUCUCUCCAUCCCUCCCCAAACGAAGAAGAGGAGGACUCACGGCGUGAACCCCCUGCGCAAGGUUGAGGUGAACCAGAACUCUGUUUUUUUUUUAAACCUUGAGGGUCGACUGCAGGAGGAAGAAGAAGAAGCCGAGCAUCUGUUGGGUAAAAGUGUCGGGAGUGUCGGGAUUGUGUGUGCGUCUGCGAUCGCCCCUACGAGAUUGGCAAUUGAACGAAAGGAGGAGGGAAGACUGCCGACAGCAGAGAGGGGAGGCGAUUUGACGAUCGCCACUCACUUUUUUGAAAUUUGCAUACGGUUGCCGUGUGGUGUUAUGUGCGCCGGGAUUCGUUGAUUAUCAGAAACUCGUCAUAUUUUUCUACAUCAGAGUCAUGAGCCACAGUAACAGCCACAGUCUGAUGUCGACGACGAUGCCGUCCAAUGAACCUGUCGGACUGCCCGACCCGAGGUCUCACUCACUUUCUUUCAUCAGGCCUGGCGAAUUGAACCGACUCAGCGCCGAUGGAUCAAUUCUCUUGAAAAAUGGCGGAGGAGGAGCUGGCGGCUACGGCACGGCUGGAUUCCUGCACCACCAGACGUCUCCGGCGUUCCAGAAUCACCACCAGCAGCCGCAGCAGCAGCCGCAAUCGCAUAAUUUGGCGGCAGUGGGUCAACAUCCGUCACAACUCCACGUCCAGUCAUCGCAGCAAACGGCGGCAGCGUUGAUGAUGAACGGCAAAUCGCCGUCACGCGACCUGGGCGGUGGAUCCACUCCCGUCCUGAAAAUGACGGCCGCCCACAACAGCACCGCUGCCACCACCACUCAGGCUUUCCGGAAUAAUUCCGGCCGACUUGACUGCGGUGCGGGCUCGUCCAGCCACAACAACAUCAGCGGCAUCGGCGGCGGUGGUAUGAUGGGCGCAGGAGGAGUUCCAUCCAUCAUGAGCGCGUCGGCGGCCGUCCGUUCCGUGUCUCGUGAACGACUCGUCCAGAGCCAAAUCGUCUGCCUGGCCACGUCCAACAACAGCAACAACAACAACAAUACGAGUAGCAGUAGUCGGGACUUGAUGGCCCGUGACGCCCGUGACGCAUGGGACUACUACGGUCCUCCUCCCACGGCCCAGCAGGGCAACAACGCGGGACUUUCGGGCUCCUCCUCUCCGUCGGUUGUUGGAGCCUCGCCCAAAAUGUUGAGCGGCUUGGCUAAUGGCGCCAAUCCGGCCUACGCCACACGUCCGGCUGUAGCGCCGGGCGGCCCGGCUUCCAUCAUCGGCAAUCUGCGGCAAUCGCAGCAGUCGCCGGCAUCAGGUGGUGGCCCGCAACAACAACAACAACACCAGCAAGCGUUCCAGCAACCGCGGGCUAGCAGCGGUCUGAGCGCCAUGGCCGGCUCUGCGGCCAUUGUCGGAGGACUGCGUGACCCGCGUGACCGAUAUUCGCUCCUCUCGUCGUCGUCGGCCACUUCUCCGUCCUCACCCAAAGUGCUGGACAAUGGCAACAACUCGCUCAUUCACGCCUCUUCGCCGCAGAGAUUAUACAGUCCGGUUGGCCAGUGCCACCCUCAGCAACAACAACAACAACGAAAUCAGUCCCAGCAAAUGGGUGGCCAGCAGCAGUUGCUUCACCACCAGCAGCAACAACAACAACACUCGUCGCAACAAUUGCAGCAAAGUGCAGCCAUGACACCACAGGGCCAACAACACCAACAGCAAUCCCAGCAGCAACAGCAACAACAACAACAACCCCAACAGCAACAGAUGAUCCAUCAUUUGCAGUAUCCUUAUUACAAUGCCAAGUUGGAAAGUCUGACCCAUCGGAUGCCCAAUCUGAGCUUCGAAGGUCUGGGUCAACAACAGCCAACGGCAGCGACGGGAGCCGCUGUGGUCAGCAGCAGCAGCAGUCGAGUGCUGCAGAGUGAGCCACCUCCUCUUUCGCCCGCUGUGACUUGUUCCCCUUCUUUUUCAUCCACCACCUCCUCCUCCUCGUCUUCAUCUUCAUCUUCUUCUUCUUCCACCUCCUCUUGCAUCCCAACAACAACAACCCCGGCGGGCUCUUCAGCAGCAGCAGCAGCAACAGGUUCACAGCCAUCGGCUCCUUGUCCUGGCAGUGCUGGACCAUCGCCAGACACUGGCAGCAAACACGAGCCUUCGCUCCUCUUUCUGUCGGCCGCGGGGCAUUCCGAAUCGUCGGCGGCCAGCGAUCAAUCCGUCAACGCCAGACCAGCAACAACGGGCACAGCCACCACCAGUCCGUUGCUGUUGCCACCAGCGCUGCCAGCGAGUCCAUCCAAUCCAUCGGGCCAGCAGCAGACCAGUUCUUCGGCGGAGGUCAACGCUGUCGGUUGCAACGCGGAAACGGGCGGAUCGGAGAGCGUCGCCGAUGUUGCCGCCAAUCAACAGCUGCUGGAUUCGAUUUCUUCUAUGGACGAAAGCCUUUCGACCGGGACAAAGUCGUCGCUGAGGACCAGCAGUCCGUCGGUGGUGCUCAAGACGACACUGGCCCUUUCUGGCCGCCAUCACAACAACAACAAGGAUUUACUCAGUGCCGAAGCCAGUGGCUACCUGUUCCGACUGGCCGACCCGUCCAUGAUGCUGGUCCGACCCGAUUCGUCGCCGCUCUCUCCAUCGGCCACGACUCCGGUCGCCGCCGACCAAGACGAGACGGCCGGCGGUGGUGGUGGAUCGAAUUCUUCCACUUCGUCGCGGCUCAUGGCCUCGGGCGUUUCCAAUGUGUCGGACCUGCUGGUGGGAGGAGGUGCCGGUAUGUCGCCCGAAUCGGUCACCGAUUGCGGAUCGCUCUCGAAAAGCUCGUCGGAUGGCGAUCCGGUUGGCGUGGUGAGCCGGAAGCGUCCGCCGACCAAACUGAAAUCCCGCCGCCGCAACAUCCUCAGCUUCCCGCACCACAUCAGCGUCGACGAGCUGCGUCUAUUGCAGCGUCGCAAGGAGUCGAUGUACGGCGGUUCGUCGUCGGACGAGAACCGAUCUUCGGGUCACGCCAGCAUGUCGGAUGGACACACGAGUUCGUCGCCACCUGCCGAGACCCUGCCCAGGCACACGCACUACCGCACCUGCCUCAACGCCGUACCUGAAGAUGACAAGAUGUCGGCCAACUGUGUCACGCCGCAGCAGAGUCACCCGCCCAAGACCAACAACAACCGGACGAGAGUGGUGACCGGAAAGGCCGUGUCGCGACAUCGUGGUCUAGCCGGAGUCAAGGACGAUCUGUCAUCGCAGUUGGAGCACGCCACGGGGUUGGAGGACAUCAAAAUGGCCAUCGAGCAGCUGACGCUCCGUUCGCACGGCUCGCGCACUUCCUACUCGACGUCGACCUACUCGAGUUUGAGCGGGAGCGAAGGCGGAGCCGAGCCGAUGCGUCGGCUCAUCCGUCACUCGUCGCUCGAGACCAUCAACACCAACGUGACGGUGGCCGACGAAUUCGUCUGGGUCGAUUCCUACAAUCGGCUGGUGGAGCUCCAGCAGCUGCCCUGGUCCAAUCACGACGUCCUUCGCGUCAUCCAGAACGGACGCAUCAAGGAACACCUGGAACGCGUUUCCAUGGAGACGGUGCCCCGACUUUCCUACUUGCUCCAACGGGCCUUGGUUCGCAUCGCCAGGGAAACGCAAAGACUAGGCCGGCCGCUGGCCAUGUGCUCCAAGCAGGAAGUUUGCUCGGCACUACGUAUCGUCCUCUCGCCAGCCCUGGCCGAUAGCUGCAUCAAAGCGUGUUUGCGUGCAGCCGCCAUGUUCACCGUCUCGGGCGAUAUGGUCCGUCAGAGUAAAUCAGCCAGAGCGGCACUCCAGCUGUCUGUGGGCCGAUUCCAUCGCUGGAUGUGUGACGUCCGUUUGGGGAAAUUCAUUCACGAUUACGCCGCUGUUUACCUGGCCGCCGGCCUGGAGAAUUUGCUGGAAGAGAUCAUGAUGCAAUGCAUGCCAUCCGAUCAGGAAACCCUGCUGACGGCCUCCGUCCUGGAAAAUGCCAUCGCCAACAACGGCGAUCUGUGGGGUCUGCUCCAGCCCUACGCUCAUCUCAACGCCGGAAGGACUGCAACGGGCGCCCUGUCGCUCCCGAGGUGGCCGUCUCAAUCCGGGUUGGAUAGCGGACUCCGCGGCUCCGGAUCGUCUGUCUCUUCCAACGGCGACGACCACAGCCGUUCGGCCAAAACGCUGGAACAGAGUUUACUGACGACUUGCGUCGGGACCAUCAACGAGCUACACGAAUUGCUCCAGCGGGUGACUCAGUUCCACUUCCGUCACAGCGCUCCGUGCCCGGGAGCCACACCCAACGGAGGAGCCAAACAGGCUCUCACCUGGGCAUCGUCCGCUCUCCACGCACUUUUCUACUUUAUGCGAUGCUCUCAGUUGGAACAUGCAGAGCACGCACAGAGAGCUCCCAUCCAGGAAUUGGUGUACGAACGACCUUAUAUCGUGCUGCCGCCACUGAUCGAAUGGGUUCGAGUGGCCAGCGCUCAUUCGGAGCAUCGCCAUUCCUCCGUACUGGAUAAAGACGAUGUGGCCCAAGCCGCCAGACUUCUUCUGCCCGGAGUAGAUUGCCCAAUCCGAGCUUACGGGUUCGAGGAGAUACUCUGCCCGCGACGCCACAUGGAUGACCUGGAAUGCUCACGCAAGCUGAAAAUUGAUUUGGCAUUCAAGAUGCUUAGCUCGGCUCGCAGUGACCUCAUUCCACACGCCCUGCAAUUACUCCCGUCCACCAAGAUUAACACGGUCAGCGAAAACGGACUGACGCCUUUGAUGCUGGCCGCCAUCCGCGGAGACGAGACUUUGGCCAAAGUUCUCCUGGAUGCCGGAGCCGACGUGGACGCCGAAACACCAACGAUCGCCGGCGCCCAAACCCAUCCGGGGGCUUACCCCAACCCCGAGACCCAACACUGGACGGCGUUGACCUACACGGCCAUCCAGGGUCAAUUGAACAUUGCCAAAUUGCUCCUGGAAAGAGGAGCCAAUGUCGAAGGUGGCGCCAGACUCAGCGAAGACAAGUGCACCGAAACGCCCCUUCAGGUGGCCGUUGGCUCGGGAAAUCUGGAAAUGAUUUCGUUGCUGCUCUCACAUGGUGCCCGGCCAUUCCUCUCGACGUUAGUAAGGGACACGCUGUGUUACUCCAGUUCUGCCCAGAAAGGCUGUUACAGCGCAAUCGCCGUGGCGGCCGCUCAUGGUCAACGAGCCGUGCUGCACAAGUUACUUUCGCAUCCGGUCAACGGUAACAGCAACGCUGAAGUGUUAUCACUCGAGGAAAUCUUGGCCGAAGGUGCUUCCCAUUUGACUUCUGAUCGCAGGCCGACUCGUUCACAGGCUUCCGGAUCAAGCAGUUCAAGUGACUCUUCCCGAUCGGCCAAUAACAACGCAAGCGGCAACGACAAUAAGUUGCAAGUCGUUAAACUCAACAAGGGCCAGAUCAAAGCCUUGCAGGAAGCCAUGUAUCACAGUGCUGAGAAUGCUCAUCUGGACAUUACGCUAGAUUUGCGCAACUUGGGCGUCCCGUGGACACUUCACUGCUGGAUGCACACUCUGGCCACCGCUCACGAACAUUCACUGGAGAACGUCAUCGACCAGCUGCUUCAAGAUUUUCUCCAAGUCUGGGGACCUGAUGACUACUCGACCCAGUUUGUCGACGAGUGUCUGCCCAUCAUCUUCAACAUCUUCCGUUACAGCAAGAACGAAGGAACCACUCUCCUACUGGCCGAUAUCUUUGCCACCUGUUACGGUCGGGAAAACAUUAAAGAAAUACGGGAUACUUCCCUUUGCGGAGGACCUCGAAUCGACCCCAAAUUUGUCAAUAAUCCCGAACUGAGUGACGUUCAAUUCCGCGUCGAGGGUCGUGUCUUUUACGCUCACAAGCUCAUCUUAAUCACAGCCUCGCCGCGAUUCAAGAGUAUGCUGAACUCUAAAUUCUGCGAGGGUAAUCCGCCAAUCAUUCAAAUUAACGACAUCCGAUACGACAUCUUUCAGAUGGUGAUGCAUUACUUGUACAAAGGAGGAUGUGAGAAUUUGGACGUCAAUCAAAAUGAUGUGCUGGAGUUGAUGGCCGCUGCCAAUUUCUUCCAGCUUGACGGAUUACUCCGCUUCUGUGAAUCCAGGUGUUCGACCCUGGUCGACUUGGAUAAUAUCGUCUCGAUGUACAUUCACGCCAAGGUUUACAAUGCCGUCCAAUUGUUGGAAUAUUGUCAAGGAUUCUUGCUGCAAAAUAUGGUGGCCCUAUUGACCUACGACGAUUCAGUCCGUCGUCUCAUCUUUGGCAAGAAACUCCACAAUCACGACGUACUAGCCGGACUGCUGCUAACGUUACAGGCGCGCAUCAAGAGCCGCUCACAACACAAAAACAAAUGACAAGUUUUUUUAAAUUGAUUUUACUUGGUUCCAAAAUGCCUUUAUUUUUCCAACUGCAAUCCUUACCCAUUAUUUUCGUCAGUGUUUGGCCUAUCAUCGAGUAACGUCUGAAACAAGUCGAUAAAAACAAGUAUUUUUUUGCUCAGUGCAGCGGAUUGAGGUUCAUCUUUGACUGUAUAAUGGCCAUUUCCCUUAUCCUCCUCAUUUUACACAUUGUAAUAAGGGAAACACGGUCUCUAUCGAUCAAGUGCACCCGAUCCGCCAAUCCCCCUCCAAUACGCUGUAGCCUUUAACUUCAGUUUGAUGUAUAAUGUAAACCCAAUCUUGAAUUAUUGUAUUCACUAACAUUCCCUUGACACACUCAGGUUAUUAAACACCUGAGUUGAGAUAUUUUUUACAAAAUUACCAUGAUAUGAGCUUCGUCGACACUAGUAUUUGCGAGUUGGUCGCGUGGGGGAAACGACGACCUUAGGACUAAAUCGAGUCCCUUGCCUUCUGUCGUGUUUUCAGUAGGUACCAUUCCUCGACGAAGCUCUCAUUCCCCAUCAUUUCCAAAUUAUAAAAUACAAAUCCUCUGUCGUUCCGAAUGAACUGCUUGCAAGAGAACGACAGAAUUAUAUUCAGCAAUAAGCUCCAGAUUUAUUUCAUGUACUUUGUAAAGCAAAUUAACACGAGUUAGCUGUUGGUGUACUUCUAUCCACUUUAUGAAAUGCGACUGAAAUAUAUAGAUUUUCCUGAAACCAA